UCUCCUUCCUUCCCCUCCUCUUAAUCCUGGGCGCCCUUGGCCAUCGGGCCAGUUCGGAAUUCUCCAGGACAAGCGGAGAGAACGGGUAGAGCUGGGCAGUGGAAGGACCUUCUCUGUGCCCCAGAAUAAGCAACAGCAGGUGCAGCUGCAGUUACAGCCUUGAAAGAAGUGAGGAUGGCCCCUGCAGCAACUUCGGGAGGCGCCUCCCUGCCCAGAGGCUUCUCUGUUUUCGUUUCCUUUCCGGACCUGCUUUUCAUUUUUGAAUUUAUAUUUGGAGGCUUGGUCUGGAUCCUUGUGGCUUCUUCCAAAGUACCAUGCCCACUGACUCAGGGCUGGGUCAUGUUUGUGUCAGUGUUCUGCUUCGUGGCCACAACCGUCAUGUUCUUCCUUUACUUUAUUGGAGCUCACGGUGGAGAUGCUUCCUGGAUACCCUUGGAUGUGUCCUAUCACUUGAUUGCUGCUCUAUUUUACCUGAGUGCUUCUGUCCUCGAAGCCUUUGCCACAAUUUCGUUAAAGCGCAUUUCUGAAAAUGGUGAAAGGUUUAAAUAUUACCAAGAAAACAUCUCUGCAGUGGUAUUUGCAUUUGUUGCCACUCUGAUAUACGUGAUCCAUGCAGUAUUUUCUUUGUUCAGAUGGAAGGCAUCAUAAAGUCCUGUGGAAGUUCCCCAAAAAUCCAGAAGGUGUUAACUGAUUGGCCAUCCUCUCGGGGUAGCUUUUUAAAAGUCAGGGAUGCUCAAAUGGAUCUCUAUUCUCUUGUACAAAGUGGGGAGUUGGGGUGGAAACCUAUCUGUUUCUUGUUGGUGUUUGUCUUUACUGUCUUACAUAACUAACUGCAUAUAAGAAGUCAGGGGCUUGCUGUGUUUACUCCCAAAUAUUGACUGCUUUUUCUCGUCAUUAUUUCCUGUUUGUGAAGGGCUGAACUCUGGGAGAAAGUAGAUGACAAAAUGAGACUCCUCAGACCCCUUUGCUGGGUCCCAAGAACUAUGAAAGACAUUUCCCCAUGGCCACUUUUGAGCUCAGUCACUCACUAUCCCAUCUCAUGGUUUUAGAUCCUUAGGAGAUCUUGCAUGUGCUAGGGAUUGAGUCAUCCCAACAGAUUCUUUCUGGAGCCAAAAGCAGAAGAUGAUGGAUCAGCCAUGAAAGCAGAGAUGAGCCAUGAAACAACAUAGGUGUUGGGUGGCUACACACGACAUACCAGGGAUACAGCCUCUACAUUCUUUAGUUUCUGUUCUUUAUGAAAUAUUUCCAAACCAGUUUUCUUAUAAAAUUCUCCAACCUCAACCAAGAUUCCCAACCAUGGUUUACAUGAAAUCCCUUGGUUAUAAUUGAAUGGUGCCUCCCUUGACCCAGGAAAGUUCAGAUAGCAAAUAUGUAUAUUGGCAUCAUCCUGUGCCUCUCAGAGGUAGUAGGAUUCUGAGUAAUUUUUUAUGGUGUUCCAGCUGAGCAUCUCCGUAGAAUGAUGUUAGCCUUUGUCCAAUAAGAGCUUUUCAAGAUUUUUGUUUUUAUUUGCCAAUAUCACUUCUCUACUUCCUCUGUGACUUUCAAAAUGCCACCACUACCCAUCAGUCAACCAACAAAUACUUGUGGAGUGGCCACAGCAGACCCAUCACUGUUGGCAGUCAUCUUUACAUGGUUGCAGAGUCUACUCAACAGCUCCUUUGUUACAAGGCAAAGUAAAUUUUGCGAUCCUACCAAAGUAUCCUUUAAACCAGGAAAAAUUUAUUCCAGGUGGGCUAUUUUGAUUGCUUGUAAAAAAAAAAAAAAUCCACUCAAAAACUGGCUUUAGAGAGUGGGCCAUGUAUUUUGUUCAAUAGAUUUUCAAAUAUCAGCGACAACAAUAAACUCUUUUCAACAA